AUGUUCGGGUUCGAUAUAGAUUUCGCUCGUCACCGGUGGGCAAUCUUUUACUGCUCUGUUUCCGCCAUCGGAGCUCUUGUUUUUGGAUAUGACAACACCUACUACAGCGGUAUCCUGGGGAUGCAACAGUUCAAGAACGAUUUUGGCGACCAUUAUGUUAACGGUGAAAAGGCAUUGGCCACCCAAUUUACGUCGGUCACCACCUCGAGCAUCUACAUUGGUGAUAUGCUGGGCGCGUUGAUAUCAGGUCCUUUGAACGACCGCUUUGGCCGCAAAACGGUCCUAUGGAUUGCGUCGUUUUUCGUCUUAGCUGGGGGAAUUACACAGGUUGCAGACACCAGUUACGAGGCUGUCAUUAUUGUCGGACGCAUCUUGAUUGGUCUAGGUGUCGGAAAUUUCACAGUUACUUCUCUUCUCUAUAUGGGCGAAGUCGCACCUAUCGAGAUCAGAAGUCCGGCACUGUACAUGUAUCAGUUCCUUCAAUCUUGUUCCCAGCUCGUUGCGUCUGGCGUGACCCAAGGUACCAACUCAAUAAACUCGACACUUUCAUAUAAACUUCCUAUGGGUGGUCUUGUUAUAUUACCUUUAGUUAUGUUUAUCAUGCUCCCCUUCAUUCCUGAAAGCCCAACAUGGUAUGUCUCUCGCGGGAAAAGAGACGAGGCGGAGAAGUCCCUUCGAAAAAUCCACCAAAAUGACACAUCUUAUGACCCAUCAGCCGACUUGGCACUGCUCGAGCAAGCCAGAGAGUAUGAAGAGGAGCAAUUACGCGCAUCGUCGUGGAAAUCGCUCUUACUCGAUUCGGUGGAACGGAAGAAACUCGUUUGGGCCGCCGGUGGCAUGUAUGCCCAGCAGAUUUGUGGGAUUAUUUUCUUCUACAAUUACGGCGUCGUUUUUGCCGAAGCACUAGGUGUCUCUCAGCCCUUUACCAUAACAUUGAUCACGAUGAUCUUGCAGAUUUUCGCCGUCGGUGCCUGUGUACUUACAGCCAAUAAACUCAGCAGGAGGUCAAAUCUUUUGGUGAGCACAGGAAUGAUCUUCCUUGGCUUUAUCGUGAUUGGAGGCAUUGGGACACAAAAAGAGCUAUCAACGGCGUCCAAGUACGUUGUUGUCGUUUUCUCAUAUGUCGUCAUUUGUGCGUACAAUUUCGGACAAGGUCCUCUCUCCUACGCGGUGACACGAGAGCUUUCUGUCGGCGUUAACCAGAACAAAAUCAUUUCUGUCUCGGUGGUCUCGUUGUACUUCUUCCUCUGGCUCAUCUCCUUUACCGCGCCAUAUCUUUACGAUAACGCGGGGCUUGGUCCAAUGGUGGGGUUUGUCUACGCCGGAACGACGCUGACGUCUCUUGCUUGGGUCUGGUUUUGUGUCGGGGAAACACAAGGCCGGACGCAAAUUGAGAUCUCGCUGUUUUUCACCAACCACAUCCCGGCACGCAAGUGGAAAACGCAUGUCUUUCCUGAAUUUCAGGCACUGAAUAAGGAAAAGAACCAGUUUGAAGGAGAAAAACCGGAUGUUCAGCACAUGGAACAGACUUGA